AUGUCCCUCUUCAGCGGAUGCACUUCUCUCUCUUCUGACGACUCAAAUGAAUUUGUUGUUUCAGCUAAACCCUCGCGGGAGGGGGGGGCCCCCCAGGGCCCCGAGGGGGCCCCCCCCCACGGUACCCUUUUUUUCGGGGGGGUACAGGGGGGCCCCCUGGGGGCCCCCAGGGGGCCCCCAGGGGGCCCCCCAGGGGCCCCCAGGGGGCCCCCCGGGGCCCUUGACCCGCAGAAGCUAGGAAGGGUACUGACUGUUGCUGUGUCUGAGCUGGGGGAGCAAGUGAAAACAGAGCACGGAAACCUCAGUCUAGAUGUUACAGCUGAUUGUCACUUCAGCUGGCGGCGGGUUAAACCCUCGGGUGUAUCGACACCUGUAGAGGGUAUUCACAGCAACGUAUACCCAGUGACAGCGGAUGACAUUGGGGUGUAUGUGGAGGUUUGUGCGGCCCCCAAAACCCUCAGGGGUUUACAAGGGGAGAGGUUUUUGUCUAUAGGUCCCCUUUCUAUCGGUGGUUUGGUGGUUUCUAGGGUUUUGUCUGCUUUGUCUACUCCUGCUUCUUCUUUCUCCUGCACACGCGCGUCUCUCGAUGAGGGUUUAGAGGAGAAGGGAGAAACAGAAGUAAUCGUGGAGAUAGACCAGGAUAAGGUUGUUGUUGCUCUCCCCCAUUCCUCUCAGUUGGUUGCUGCAGCAGAAGAAAGAAACCCUAGCAUCGACCUCUACCUCAGUAUACACCUGCUGCAACAAGAGCUGGAGCGGCUGCAGUCUGUGGCAAUAAGAAACUCACAAGACCUCGCGAGAGCAGCAAAAGAGAAAGAAGCUCUAGAAGAAGAAAUUCAGUUAACUAUCAAAGCCUUUCAGCUCCAGCUAGACAACGUGCUGCAGCAGAGCAACAGCAGCAGCAGCAGCAGCAGCAGCAGCAGCAGCAGCAGCAGCAGCGAGACAGCAGACCUGCAUGCACGGCUAGAAGAAGCAGCAGCAGCAAACGCAAGUCUCCGAAUGGAGGUGCAGCAGCUGCAGCAGCAGCUGCAGCAGAAGCAGCAGCAACGAUCAACUGACGGGGGAAAUGAUGUAACUAACACUAAACCCUAA